AAACUAUCAGCUUCUGUUUAUUGAUUCCUUUUUUGUGGUUCUCUUUCUGUUUCUCAGGGUUGUUUUGAGGUCAGAUGAUCUCUACGAUGAGGCCGUAACUGAAGCUUUUCUUGAGGCUGGUGUCGAUCGUUACCAGAAUGGCCACUGCUAAGAAAGCAGCGUCGUCUAAGACGGGGGGCGUUCGCUUCACUGAGGAACCCGCCGCAGCAGCCGCCGCUCACUCUCAUGUGCAUUUUGAUGAGAAACUGCACGACUCCGUUGUCAUGGUGAUACCCAAAUCAAACGGAAACUUCCUGGUUAAGGUGGGCUUCCUGAAAACACAGCACCGAUAUGAGAUCGUGUUCACACUGCCAGAGAUGAUGCCAGAGCUCGGGAAAGACGUGUGUCCAGCCCCCAUCCCCAAUCCACACCUCCGUAUCACUAACAUAACACCGUCCUCAGACGGAGGUCUGAGGGUGACAUGUGAAUAUAUGGCCCAUCAGGAGGGAGUGAUGUGUGAGGAGGUGCAGAUUCUCAGUGAGAGCAAAGAGGAUGCAAGCGUGAAGGUUAAAGUUCAUGCUCGUGUCAUGGACCGUCAUCACGGGACUCCGAUGCUGCUGGAAGGCGUGCGCUGCAUAGGAGCAGAACUCGAGUACGACUCCGAGCAAAGCGACUGGCAAGGCUUCGACUAAAUGCCUGAACCUCACAGACUUCCCGAUCAGUGACGCGUAUCUCCUGUCGGGAGCAACAGAAUAUUCCAGCUUCUGGAAUUCUGUUGUCCGUGUCACUGCUUUCUGCUCACAGCGUUUAAAAAAACAAACUGUGGUUACUAGCUUGUUUGUACUGUUACAAUGGAAUGCAGGAAUAAUCUUUCGUUUACUGUAGCUCUCUGUGAUUUGAUGUUUUUCAGGUUUGGAUAAAAAACAACAAUCAAAUGGUGUGCGUUUCCUCCAGCUGAAUUUCAGUGUUAUGAUUGAAUGUUUCUUUUAGAUAAAACAAAUAUAAUAUGCUCUUAUGUCUGUGUUUCUGCACUUUCUUGCUCCAAUCUGAUGUGAUUCUAAGGUUUUUAAACUAAUUCUAGGAGUGAUGCUUGUGCUCACUGUGAAUAAGCCUCUUAUUUGUACCAGUAGGAGGCACUGCUGACCACAAAAUCAAUCUUAAAUGUUUCACCAUGAACUUUGUAGGCAUCUUGGCUUUAAAAUUUGAAUGUUUUGAUUCAUCUACUGAAAUAAUUUGAUAGUAAUUUACUCUAAAUCAUUUAGAUCCAGCAAAUGUUGGUGAUUUUGUCUGCCCUGAUAGAUUUUUAACGAGAUCAUCACAUUAAGGGCUGUUCCUUCAUCUUUUGUGUGUAACAUCGGUCUGUUUUGUCAGCCAAAGUGCCUGAAAUCAUGUACACUGUUAGUUUAUUUGAUUGUACCCUCAUGUAAAUUGAGCCAUUACACACUGAAUGUUGGCAGCCUUAUUCCAGCAUAGUAUUGUAUGUCUAUUCUUAACUCCAUAUAACUGCUUUUAUGAGGUCUCUGGAUCUCUUUAAAAGUUUGUGUGCUUUCAAACGGAAAUUCAAAAUUAUUUCUACCAGAGCAAAUAAUCUUGACUGUUUUCACUGUUGACGGCUUGUCUCUUACUGUAUUUUUUUUUUUUUUUACUCUCAAGCAAAUAAAAUUCACAUCUUGUUACAAAA